AUGGGUCAGGUCGCCGGUGGUCCCCCAUUUCUUGCGUCACACAUGCAGCGAGCUCGGGUGGUCAACAGAGCGGCGGCGGUAGCAGGCCAGGGAGGCCUCCAGCGAGCGAAGGAAGAGCCAAGAAAGGUGGUUGCUGUGGGCGUCGGGGUCGGCUUUGAAGUUUCCGUACCCUUUGUCGCGGCGCUGGCAGACAUGAUAUUCUUGGUCAUCCGGGCUCGUAAAGAAGCGGGUGCAACCAAAGCCGCGCUUGCAGACAUCCAGAGCCAACAAAACCAACAUCACCAUGGACCAGAGCUACUGUCGCACACGAAGGACCCGAACACGCCCUCGUCACCGCAUAUCUUAUCUUCGCUGCCGCUGUAUGGCAUGACGCCGGCCAUGGAGAAGCAGCAUCGCGCGGGCAAGGCCGGAGGAGAUGACCGUCGCGUCGUUCAUGAGGCGCUGUCGGGGUCGCCAGGUGUUAUUUCUAUAACCUCUUUGUCCACUUGCACGUCACCAGUUAAUGUUGUAUCGCCAGACAGUGUGCACACUCAGAAGGCGCUGUUAGAACCAGGGGCGCGGAAUCAUUGGCUCAAGUGA